AUGCCGCAAUUCAAAUUCGCCAACUCGAACGACAAAGUGCCAGGCGACGGCACCCCUCCCUCCGAAUUCACCAUUAAAGCCCCAGCCUCAACAGACAUUUGGGACAAGCCACCUUCCACCAGCCGCUUCUCAGCCCCAAUCCUGUACCAGUCCAUCCCGCUGAGCUCGUUCAAGCGGGCCCGCGUGGCCUUCAACGCCCUCUGGGAGAAACAAUAUGACCAGGGUGGUCUGAUCAUUGUCCUCAACACUGCCGAUGGUAGCAAAAAGUGGGUGAAGACUGGCAUUGAGCUCACCCAUGGCAGACCCCACCUGAGCACCGUCGCUAAAGAUAACUGGGCGGACUGGAGCUUGCUGGCUGUGCCUUCUGGUGGUGGUGCGGCGACCCUUGAGAUGGCCAAAGAACAGGACAAUAGUUUGUGGAUCUAUCUGGUUGAGGGUCUGCAGAAGUCGCCUCUCCGGGAGAUUACUUGGAUCUUUGAGGAGAAGGAUGUGAAGGACUGCUGGGUUGGUGUUUAUGCUGCUCGGCCUUCUAGUGAGGGUGGAGAGCUCCCCGUUAACUUUGGACAUUUGAUUAUAGACCAGGCAUGA